UGGACUUCUCCUCCAGUUGGUCUCUUCACACGUGCCAGUAGUCUGUGGCUAUGCUCUCCUCGCCCGCCGUCAUCCUGCAGCCUUAUGGACUUCCUGUGUACCCACAGAGCAGCACAUGUUACCCCAGCCUGGUGCAGGGAGGCCCCACCCAAGAGGCGGGCCCGGGCGGGGCCGACCCCACCCUGUCUCAGGUCUACGCCCCGCCCCCUUCUUACCCUGUCCCAGGUCAAGGGUCGGCGACCUCUGCGGGGCGGCUGCCGCCUCUGGAGUUUACUCCCGCUCACCCCGCCUCAGAGUACCCCGAGCUCCCCCAGCUGAGGGUCUACCAGGGCCCCCAGCUCGAGGGGGCGGAGCCACUGAUGUCCAGCAGCACGGACGACGCCCCCGUGACCUCCGACCUCCAAGUGACGUUAGACGGCGCGGGCAGCGGCGGCGAGGAGGAGGAGGGGUCGGCCCAGCCCAAGCGCCUGCACGUCUCCAACAUACCCUUCCGCUUCCGAGACCCUGACCUCCGGCAGAUGUUCGGGCAAUUUGGGAAGAUCCUGGACGUGGAGAUCAUCUUCAAUGAGAGGGGGUCAAAGGGCUUCGGCUUCGUGACCUUCGAGAGCGCCGCCGAAGCCGACCGGGCCAGGGAAAAACUGAACAGCACCAUCGUGGAAGGGAGGAAGAUCGAGGUGAACAACGCCACGGCGAGGGUAGUCACCAAGAAGCCGCAGACGGCGCUGGUGAGCGGCGACAUGUCGGCUUCCGGCUGGAAGAUCAACCCGGUCAUGGGCGCCAUGUACGCACCCGAACUCUACACGGUGGCCAGCUUCCCCUACCCCAUGGCGGCGCCCGCUCUGGCCUACCGCGGCUCGGCGCUGAGGGGCCGAGGGCGAGCCGUCUACAACGCCAUCCGCUCCGCCGCUGCCACGCCCACCGCCGUGCCCGCCUACCCUGGAGUGGUGUACCAGGACGGUCUCUAUGGAGCAGAAGUAUAUGGUGGUUACCCGGCUGCCUACAGGAUGGCCCAGACUGCCGCCUCUGCCACUGCAACCUACAGUGAUGGAUACGGCCGCGUGUACACCGCAGCUGCAGACCCCUACCACCACUCGGUGGGGCCGACCACGACGUACGGCGUCGGCACGGUGGCCAGUUUGUACCGGGGAGGAUACAACCGCUUCACUCCCUACUGAUGACAUCAUCCUCGCCAUCAGCCAAUCACAAUCAAGUUGUACAUAUGGACGUGUUGUCAUGCCAACGACUGUGUAUUAUUUAUGAACCGUGACAACAAUUAGUGUGUGUGUGUGUGUGUGUGUGUGUGUGUGUGUGUGUGUGUGUGCCUCACCAACUACCUCUCUUCUUCUUCUUGUUGCUGGUGUGUGUGACGUGUGCCGCAAAUAAAAGUUGAUCCUCGCUUACUUCCUUAAAUAAAUUCAUUUGUCUUGUUGUUGCCAAACCUUUUUUUCACACUGAAUUUAUGGAACUGAAAUUGUUUUGCUUUUUGAAUUUUGGGAACUGAUUUUUUUGUUUUUUUCUCUAACAAAUGAUGCUGUUGGUUUCAGUGAACUGUGAGCAAAAUGUGUUGAAAAUUUCAGUUUGUUGAAAAAACGUGUUUUUAAAAUUCAG